AUGUGGCGGAGUCCAGAAGGACACACCGGAAGAGGCUUGUUCAAGGCAUCAGAUGUUUACUCAUUCGGGCUGGUUUGCAUAUAUGCCCUCGGAGCUGGGGAAUUGCUACUCAUCAACGAUUAUCAGGACCUCGUCAAGCUUGGCAUAAGCCCAGAGCAAGAAAUAUUAACGCGACACUUCUCUUACUUUGGGUCAGCGAACGAAGGCCUUCUCAACCACAUCGCUAGCGACAAAUGGACAAAAGCUCUUAAAUUAGCAUCUCAAAUGGCUGAGUUGGCGGUGCGAGAACAACCAGAAAUGAGCUUCGAGGUGUGGGGACAGGAACUGGGCCCUGAGGCACAGAAGAUGAUAUCCAAAAAGACGAAACCUGACCCGGCGGCUAGGUCAACGAUAGAUCAGAUUAUGGCGCAUCCGUGGUGGCAGGAGGUAAUUUGA